AUGCGAAUCUAUAAGCUUAUUCUGUAUAUUAAUUGUUAAAAAAUGAAAAUGAAUGAAUGGAAAUUAAAUGUGUCUUAUCAUUAAAAAAAUAGAAUUAAAAUAGCAGGUAUAACAGAUUAUGACGGAAUUUUUACGACCCUGUCCGUCAAAAUGACAUAAACAUAGCCACAUAAGUUAGGUUACCUUUGACAAAGUGGUCACUGGACACACAAGCAUUAUCUUACUCCACUCCUCCCGACUGCAGACGAAGGUUCACAAGCCAUUUUGCCGGUGUUUUUCGAUCAAUUUCUUGCUUUUUUCCCCCUUACAAACAACAACUUUCAGUACUUGAUUGAAGCUCUUUGUGGUUUCUUAGUUUGAUUGAUUAUGAGCAACCAUAAACAACGCAAACCAUCUGCAUUUUUAGAGUUUAUGAUAGUGCUUUCCUGUGUAAAAAAUCACAACGCAGUGACGUGAUGCCAUGUGCCAACAGGCAAAUUCAACCUGGGCAUAUGGUUUCCUAAUAUAAAGUUAAUCCAAUUUACAUGUAUGCAAUUUGUCACUUAAAUUGUAUAGGGAGAGAGAGGAAUUGGUUUGUGAUGCUAAAUAAAAUGACUCUGUUCACUGUUCACCCACUAACAAGCUUGUUAUCUUCACAUUGGAUUACAUUGUACUGCUUGUCUGCAUCACUUUUGGUAUGGUGAUACCUGAAUAGUUAAUACAGUAGCAAUUUUAUUUUUGCUUAAGCUCUUUUUGUGUUUGUUUCAGACUAAUGGACAGCUUUGUCAUUGACACUUUGACAGAGUGGCAGCUGACAGACUUUAUAGAAAGAUUUAAAGAGGAGGAGAUUGAUGAGGAGAGUUUUCGUCUUUUAGAUGAGGCUACCAUCAACCAGUUGAUCCCAAGAGCUGGCCCUAGGCUCAAGUUCCUCAAACAAUUUAGAGGACUUGUUGAACCUACUGUUGUACCUGCUAUCCCAGCUACAAGCUCUGAUGCCACAUCAACUUCCACGCCUCCAACCCCCAUGGAGGAACAAGCAGCAGCUGUGGUACCAGUGAAUCAGCUGAUACAGACGAUACACAUCAUUCCACAGUUUGAUGUUCGGCAGAUUCUUACAGGCUUACCUGAUGGCAAGCAAAUUGUUGAGAGCCUUGAUGAUGAUGAUGUCAUCACAACUAGCCAGAGAUGUCUCCUCGUCCGUAUCCUGGUGUCGCACCUCAUUGAGAAGUUUGGAGAGAAUCCUACGACAGAGACCAAAAAGGCCCUGGCAUUGGGUUUGGUUCAGUCAUUUCCCAGUUUGAAAGACUCAUCAAGCAGUGGCAGUGAAAUAUGGUACACCCCAGGACGGAACCACCGGCCAGCCACAGGAUUCCUGGAGGAAAGGCUGCGGAACAUCAGGAAAAGGCUGAGAUUACCCAGCAGAUCGCGGAGCGCGGCACAGACACCGCCCCAAAUGCCAGGAGGUAGCGCUCUUGCGAAAACUUAA